CGACACCCUCCCCCGGCCAAGGUCUCUACCAACCACUACCCCGUCAAGAAACUCGCAAAACCCGCAAUCAUGGCGGACACAGCGAGCGCGCCUGUGCCAGCCAAGACAGCGGAGCAGAUCAGCGAGGAGAACAACCUCCUCCCCAAGAUGAUCACGCAUCUGGACCGCCAUCUUAUUUUCCCCCUCCUCCAGUUCGUCGCCGAGCAGCAGGAGGAUGAGGAGGAUAGCCAGGAGAUCACGCGGGCGAAGUACGAGUUGUUGAAGACGACGAACAUGACGGAUUACGUGGCGAGCUUGUAUACCGAGAUCAACGAUGUGGCGGAGCCGCCGAAGGAGUUUGGCGCGAAGAGGCAGGCGGUGCUGGAGAGGCUGGAUCAGUUUGAGCAGGAGUCGGCGGCGAUUACGGAUUUGUUGGGGAGGGAGGAUGUUAUUACGAAUUUGAGGGCGGAUAAGGUGGCUAACUUGGAGUACUUGAAGAAGGAGCAUGAGGUCACCCCCGAGAUGGUCGAGGUGCUUUACGACUUCGGCAACUUCCAGUACAGCUGCGGUAACUACGGUGCCGCCGCCGAGCUGCUCUACCAGUUCCGUGUCCUCUCCACCGACGAGGCCAAGGUCUCCGCCGCCACCUGGGGAAAGCUCGCAUCCGAAAUCCUGACAACCAACUGGGAGUCCGCGAUGGAGGAAGUCACGAAAGUCAAGGACUCCAUCGACACCAAGCUGUUCGCCAACCCACUCGCACAGCUCAACCACCGCGCGUGGUUGAUCCACUGGGCGCUCUUCCCCUUCUUCAACUACGAGCCCGCGCGCGACACCAUCUGUGACCUCUUCUUCUCUGCGCCAUUCAUCAACACCAUCCAGACCGCCUGCCCAUGGAUCCUCCGCUAUCUCGCCGCAGCGGUCAUCACCAACCGCAGCCGCACGCGCAACACGGGCCAGUACCAAAAGCAGCUCAAGGACAUCAUCCGCAUCGUCAAGCAGGAGACGUACGAGUACAGCGACCCGGUGACCGACUUCAUCAAGGCGCUGUACGUGGACUUUGACUUUGAGGAGGCGCAACGCAAGCUCAUCGAGGCCGAGGAGGUGCUCCGCGGGGACUUCUUCCUCGUCGCUGCGUCUGACGCGUUUGUCGAAGCGGCGCGCCACCUUAUCUCCGAGAGCUACUGCAAGAUUCACCAGCGUAUUGAUAUCAAGGAUCUCUCGGCGCGUCUGGGGCUCGACCAAGACGAGGGCGAGAAGUGGAUCGUUAACCUCAUCCGUGAUACCCGUGUUGAUGCGAAGAUCGACUACAAGGAGGGCACGGUUGUUAUGAAUCACCCACCGAGCAGCGUGUAUCAGCAGGUCAUUGAGAGGACUAAGGGUGGCUUCUUCAGGACGCAGGUGCUGAGUGCUGCGGUGGCGAAAUAGAUGUGGUGGGGGAUGAUAAGAAAUUUAAAGUGUGGGCAUGGGAAUGGCGUUUUGAUUUGUGGGGGUGGGGAUAAAGAUAUGGUCCAGCUUGCUGGUACGUAGUUUAUGAGCUUAUGAGCUUUACGUAAAUAUCUAUGAGGAUUUGGUUCGGAAUAUGUCUUGUCUUUGUUGUCGGUGUGUGCUUGUGAUUGUGAUUGUGGGGAUGGUGAGAUGUGAGAGCUCAUGGGUUUGGAUGGAGGCUCAGGGGUUGAAUAUUUGUUCAGGUGAGCACGCUGGGUAUAACCUGUUUCAACGGUGUCAACCAGGCCCAACAACGGUUCUAGUUUCCUUGGUCUGCUCAGAAUGACAGACUGGUUGAAUCUAGUCAAAUACCAGGAAAAGGCCGGCUGGCCCAUAGCGAUAGUCAGCCCAAAACGAUGGUAUGGUCAAAACUCUAGGAAAGCACCAGGGAAACACCAGGAUAGCACCAAUCUUCAAACGCCAGUCUGUUCAAAACAACAGUCCAAGCAAACCCCAGUACAAUACUAGGAGAACUCCAGUCUUUCAAACCCCAGUCCAGCAAAACCACAGUCCGGUCAAAACAUUAGGAAAACACCUGUCUUCUCAAAGCGCCAGCCUAUUUGAAACAUCGCUAGGCUAUAUAUCCAGGCUAUGUCUAGGCUAUGUCUAGGCUAUAACCAGGUACCCGGCAAGCCAACCUGUUUUUACGCAUUUUCUCCUUAAGUGGC